UAUUUUGGGUUUGGCUGAAUAAGGAAAUGAAAAAAUGACUUCAAAUCACUCUCACUGUGAGGCCUGUUUCUCUCUCUACUGCUCCUCUUUUGAAGGCUGUCUCUAUACUAGCUGUCCAGCAUGUAGCAUUAACCUUCACGAGUGUAAACUUGAGGAUCACCAACUCGUUUGUCGAGAGGUAACAGUCCCCUGCAUUAACAGUGAUUAUGGCUGCACAGCAAGACUAAAAAGACACAGCAUGCCUCGUCAUUUGACUGAGGACUGCUCCCUCAUUCAUACUGAGGACAUUCCUUCUACUGAGAUGGUUUCGUGUCAGCAUUGCUCUCAGACGCUGCAAGAAACCGACCUCAACGAUCAUUACUUGAUCUGUGAUUUUAUUCCAGUUCCAUGCACCAAUGCUUCAUUUGGUUGUGGUCUGAUGCUCAGACGCAUUGAUAUUAACUCUCACUUAAAGUCUUGUCCUGCGAGUAUCAUACAGUGUUUGUAUGCACACACUCGAGCUCAAAGAUUAGAAGACGAAGAAUUUUCCUUCAGAGAUGAAAACGAGCAACUCCCAGAUGAGAAAUUUCUCUUGCACGAUAAAGAGGCAUCUUUGCAUUCUUCCCUCCUCACUUUCACUCCAAGCAGAAGCCUAAAUUUCUAUCCUAUGCUUCGGGAUUUGGACGACCACGAGACACUUGCUAGAGGGAAAGGAGUCCUUAGCGAUACCUCGUUAGUGUGUGGGCGGUUUGUACGAAGAGACCAGUACGAGUCUCACCUGCUCUCUCACUUGGAACUAGUCGAUGACCUACCACUUAAAAUCCAACGCUGUCCUCUCACUCAAUUCGGUUGCACUCAUGGGACUGUUGUCUUCCGGCCAUCACCGAUAGGAUACAUUUUAGAUUAUAAUAAAGGAUUGCAUAGUUUUUAUAUCACACAGGAGAUCUCAUCAGAAGCUAAUGGAGCCUCUCAUAGCCAGUAUGCAAUCAAUAUUGCUAAAAAGCAAGAGCUUGCUCAAUAUGGAUAUGGUGAGGAUGGGGAAGGAAGUUAUGAUGUUCUCGGGCAGCUCCCGUUAGAAAUUUUGCUCCAAAUUAUGUCACAUUUGGACUCAUUGAGUCUUUGGUCUCUCUCGCAGGUCAACAGGUACAUAAGGAGCAUGUGUGAGGAUUUGCUUACAACUAGAGGAAUAGUGUAUUUCUACUGGGGAAAAAUGUUUAACAAGAGGAAUUGGAUAGAAAGUCCAAAGAUAUGGACAUUUCCCCAAGUUUUUUCUAACGCUCAUCGCUGGAGGAUCGACCCAACUGCCUUUCCCUGUGCACACAUGCAGUCGUGUGAAACAUAUGCAUCAAUAGUGCAGUCUGAAAGACCAGAGUUCAGUAAAGAAUGCAUGUAUGACCUUAAAGAAGCAAAAUACAUUCCAUUUUCAACUAGUAGGAACUAAAUUUUUAAAAAUAUGUUUAUAGACAGAAUUUAUUACCAUAUUAUUUAUUUUUUAUUUCUGAUGGGAAGUGGAAGUUGAUAAUUAUCAGUUUUAAUUUUUUUAAUAUUAUAAGGACAGUGUA